CCAAGCAACGGCGGCAUGGGCAGCGCCAGCCCGGGCCUGAGCAGCGUGGCCCCCGGCCGCCUCCUGCUGCCCCCCGACGCUGUGUUGCGCACAGGCGUGGAAAAGGCGGCCGCGGGGGCGGUGGGGCCCGAGAGACGGGACUGGAGCCCCAGCCCGCCUGCCACGCCUGACCAGGGCCUGUCUGCCUUCUACCUCUCCUACUUUGAUAUGCUGUACCCUGAGGAUGGCAACUGGGCCACCAAGGGCCCCGGGGCCAGCUCUCGGGAGGAGCCACCUGAGGAGCCCGAGCAGUGCCCUGUCAUCGACAGCCAGGCCCCCGGGGGCAGCCUGGACUUGGCACCGGGGAGUCUGACCCUGGAGGAGCACUCGCUGGAGCAGGUGCAGUCCAUGGUGGUGGGCGAGGUGCUUAAGGACAUUGAGACAGCCUGUAAGCUGCUCAACAUCACUGCAGACCCCGUGGACUGGAGCCCUGGCAACGUGCAGAAGUGGCUCCUGUGGACAGAGCACCAGUACCGGCUGCCCCCCGUGGGCAAGGCCUUCCAGGAGCUGGGGGGCAAGGAGCUGUGCGCCAUGUCGGAGGAGCAGUUCCGCCAGCGCUCACCUCUGGGUGGGGACGUGCUGCACGCCCACCUGGACAUCUGGAAAUCAGCGGCCUGGAUGAAAGAGAGGACUUCUCCUGGGGCGAUCCACUACUGCGCUUCCACCAGCGAGGACAGCUGGACCGACAGCGAGGUGGACUCCUCCUGCUCCGGGCAGCCCAUCCACCUGUGGCAGUUCCUCAAGGAGCUGCUGCUCAAGCCCCACAGCUACGGCCGCUUCAUCCGGUGGCUCAACAAGGAGAAGGGCAUCUUCAAAAUUGAGGACUCCGCUCAGGUGGCCCGGCUGUGGGGCAUCCGCAAGAACCGGCCGGCCAUGAACUACGACAAGCUGAGCCGUUCUAUCCGCCAGUAUUACAAGAAGGGCAUCAUCCGGAAGCCAGACAUCUCCCAACGCCUCGUCUACCAGUUCGUGCACCCCAUCUGA